UUCUGAGUUAUAGAGAGAGACAGAGAGAGACAGAGACAAAGAGAGAGAGAGAAAGAGAGUGAGAGAGAGAGAGAGAGAGAGAGAGAGAGAGCGAUUGAGCAGAAAUGGAACGUGGAGGUUUCCAUGGCUACCGCAAGCUCCCCAACACAAGCUCCGGUUUGAAGCUCUCCGACAUCAGUGCGAGGCUAUCUGAGAUCAACCGCUCAGACAACAACAACAACCAAACCUCGGCGGUGGCGGUGGCCGCCGCAGCCACCAGCGCUGUCGCCGGGGACGACAACGAAUGCACUGUAAGAGAGCAAGACAGGUUUAUGCCAAUAGCCAACGUGAUAAGGAUCAUGCGGAAGAUUCUACCACCACAUGCAAAGAUCUCGGAUGACGCCAAGGAGACCAUCCAGGAAUGUGUGUCGGAGUUCAUAAGCUUCAUCACCGGAGAAGCCAACGAGCGGUGCCAGCGAGAGCAGCGAAAGACUAUCACGGCGGAGGACGUCCUUUGGGCGAUGAGCAAGUUGGGUUUCGAUGAUUACAUUGAGCCGUUGACUAUAUAUCUUCAUCGUUAUAGAGAAAUGGAAGGUGAUCGCGGGACGAUGAGAGGAGAGCCGUUGCUGAAGAGGACUACUACUACUACGGUGGAGUAUGCGGCAGGGAGCUUAGGUGUUGCUGCUUUUGCUCCGGCGUUUCAUAUUGGACAUCAUCAUCAUCAUGGCUUUUUUGGGUACAUCAAGGAGGCUUCCAGUGGUGGUUCGUCUCAGGCUGCUUUGGCUAAUGGAGAAACUAAUGCCCAGUUUAAAUGAAUAUGUUAUCGUUUUUUUGUUUUUUGAUGAACCAUUGGGAAUUAAUGGUUGUUUUUCUUAGUUGGGUUUGGAAAUGAAGCCGAUCAGCUAAUUAUGUAGGUUUUGGACUUGAUGGAAGAAUAAGAAGAAAGUAGGAGAAAUGGAAGUGACGAGGGAGGGUUUUCGGCCUUCUUUUUCGUUCUUUUGGUUGUGUUUGACUCUUCAGUAGGUUUAAUGGAAAAACAAAGCUUAUGAA